GGUGACGGCGGCUUUGUGUGUGGGUGCACCCAGGAGGCCUGAGCAGCAUCUGCCCCCAGCCCCCUGUGGGGCCCUGGGGCCCCCUGAAACCUCCAGGACGGAGCCAGACGGGGCGGGCACCAUGAACAAGUUACGGCAGAGCCUGCGGCGAAGGAAGCCAGCCUAUGUGCCCGAGGCGUCACGCCCACACCAGUGGCAGGCAGACGAGGACGCGGUGCGCAAAGGCACGUGCAGCUUCCAGGUCCGGUACCUGGGCCACGUAGAGGUGGAGGAAUCCCGAGGAAUGCAUGUGUGUGAAGACGCUGUGAAGAAGCUGAAGGCGAUGGGCCGAAAGUCUGUGAAGUCUGUGCUAUGGGUGUCAGCCGAUGGGCUCCGCGUGGUGGAUGACAAGACCAAGGAUCUGCUGGUAGACCAGACCAUUGAAAAGGUCUCCUUUUGUGCUCCUGACCGAAACCUGGACAAGGCUUUCUCCUAUAUCUGCCGUGAUGGGACCACCCGCCGCUGGAUCUGCCACUGUUUCCUGGCACUCAAGGACUCUGGCGAGAGGCUGAGCCACGCCGUGGGCUGUGCUUUUGCUGCCUGCCUGGAACGAAAACAGCGACGGGAGAAGGAGUGUGGGGUGACGGCUGCCUUCGAUGCCAGCCGCACCAGCUUUGCCCGCGAGGGCUCCUUCCGCCUGUCUGGGGGUGGGCGACCCACUGAGCGAGAGGCUGUGGACAAGAAGAAAGCAGAGGCAGCAGCUGCCCCCACUGUGGCACCCGGCCCUGCCCAGCCUGGGCAUGUGUCCCCGACGCCAGCCACCACCUCCCCUGGUGAGAAGGGUGAGGCAGGCACCCCUGUGGCUGCAGGCACUACUGCGGCUGCUAUCCCCCGACGCCAUGCCCCUCUGGAGCAGCUGGUUCGCCAGGGCUCCUUCCGUGGGUUCCCAGCGCUCAGCCAGAAGAACUCACCUUUCAAACGGCAGCUGAGCCUACGGCUGAAUGAGCUGCCAUCCACGCUGCAGCGCCGCACUGACUUCCAGGUGAAGGGCACAGUGCCUGAGAUGGAGCCUCCUGGUGCCAGUGACAGUGACAGCAUCAACGCUCUGUGCACACAGAUCAGCUCAUCUUUUGCCAGUACUGGGGCACCAGCAGCAGGGCCGCCAUCUGCCACAACAGGGACUUCUGCCUGGGGUGAGCCCUCCAUGGCUCCCGCAGCCGCCUUCCAGCCCGGGCACAAGCGGACACCUUCGGAGGCCGAGCGAUGGCUGGAGGAAGUGUCCCAGGUGGCCAAGGCCCAGCAGCAGCAGCAGCAACAGCAGCAAGCAGCCUCGGUGCCCCCAGUGCCCACCAUGCCCCCUGCCCUGCAGCCUUUUCCUGCCCCCGUGGGGCCCUUCGACACAGCACCUGCCCAGGUGGCCAUGUUCCUGCCACCCCCGCACAUGCAGCCCCCCUUCGUGCCCGCAUACCCGGGCUUGGGCUACCCGCCAGUGCCCCGGGUGCCGGUGGUGGGCAUCACCCCUUCACAGAUGGUGGCCAACGCCUUUUGCUCUGCCGCCCAGCUCCAGCCCCAGCCUGCCACCCUGCUUGGGAAAGCCGGGGCCUUCCCGCCUCCUGCCGUACCCAGCGCCCCUGGGAACCAGGCCCGCCCACGCCCUAACGCGGCCCCUUGGCCCCCGGAGCCAGCGCCAACCCCGGCCCCUGAGUUGGACCCCUUCGAGGCCCAGUGGGCAGCACUAGAAGGCAAACCCGCUGUGGAGAAGCCUUCCAACCCCUUUUCUGGCGACCUGCAGAAGACCUUCGAGAUCGAACUGUAGCCCAGGCCGCCCUGCCCGCCCCGCCGUCUCCAGUCGUCUCCAGCUUCCCCUCGCCUGGGAGUGGAGACCCACCUCUCCCCAGUCCCGAUCCCUGGGGCUGUGCCCCUCAACACCCCUCCUCUCAACCACCCUCACAACCACUCCAGAACCAACAUUGUGACGCCAGGUUGCGACAAGAUGGAAUUCAGGGACGGACCCAGCCUGGCCAAGAGCGUUUCACUGCCGGACUUUGGCUGGCAGCGCCCCCUCCCCACACCCCGGACACAGGGAUGGCCACAGUCCCGCUGAAUGCCCUCGGUUCACGCUACGUCUUCUAGUUUCUGUUGUUGACCUUCCACCCUCGAGCGCUGGACAGGAUGGAGGGGGCGCCUACUUAGGGGCUCUCCCAGACCCCUCACGAGUGCCCGCCCCGUCCAGUAGCCUCCUCCCCGACACACAGCACAAGCUGAGGGCUGCCCUCUGCCUGCCCACUGCGUUCACUGCCAAUGCUGUGCUCACCCCCUUCACCUCCCGCCCUGGGCCCACGUCUUCCCUGGGCCAAGGUCUCAUGGGGGCAGGGGCCAAGCUGGCGGUGGGGGAGGGGAAGGAGAUGCUCAGUUACCUCACGACGGCGCCCGCUGGGGAGGGGUCCCGGAAGAGGGGGGAGGAGUGCCUGGCGGGUACUUUUCUAUCUUUUAUUUCCAGGUUUUUUUUGUAUCUAAACUUACAGAUUUGUAUUAUACAAGGACAGCCAAUAAAGGAAGACUCUAAUGGUGCCCCUCAGGAAAGGAGGGCGUGGGGAGGGCAUGCAGUGUGGUCACAGACUUUCCUCUUGAGUCAUUUACUAAAACAGGAGGAAAAGGGUCUCCCUGAGUAACAGUCUCUGAGUCAUAAGGUGUCACAGGUGCCUCUGACUCAGCACCUGCCAGGUGGGCAUUAAAGGUCGCCAAAAAUGAAUCACCCUAUGUUGUUCCUUAAAGAGAUUUUGAACCGAGGAAUAAAACACACACACAAAUUAUAAACCA